AUGGCUUCGGAUAGUAAUGGCGAGAAGAAGACGGCGGAUGUUGAAGCAGAACAUCUCGAGCACCCGAAUCACCACAACUAUCAUCAGCAUCAGCAGAUCCUCUCGAUCGAAGAGGAAGCUGUUCAGGAUGCCGUCCACAUUGAUCUGAGUUGGCGAUCAUGGCUCGUUGUCGCCAUAUGUACAUUCGCCAACAUGGGCCAAAUCUUCGUCGUCACCGGCGCCGGCUCCGUGAUCGCCUUCAUCAUCCGCGACCUCGGCGGGAGCCCGCUGUCCGGCUGGAUCAUCCAGGGUCCCCUGCUGAUGCAGAGCGUGCUGUCGCCAGUCCUAGGUCGCUUAUCCGACGUGCUCGACCGCAAGUACGUCGCGACGAUCCCGCCGCUCAUCGCGUUCGUCGGCGCCAUCGUAUCCGCCCGCGCGGACUCCAUGUCCGCUUUGGCGGGCGGAGGCAUCUUGAUCGGGGCGACGCUGUGCACGGUUUCGGUUAUCCAUGCGAUUCCGUCGGAGAUCUUGCCGUUGAAAUACCGUGCCCUUGCGAACGGUAUACUAGCCGUGGCCGGAUCAUGCUCGGGACUCAUGGCCCAACUCAGCACCGGCGCCCUCACAAACCUCGGCACAGGCGGGUGGCGCAACAUCUUCUGGAUGCAAGCCGGCUUCCACGGGCUGACCGCCGUCGGGCUCUUCCUCUUCUACUGGCCGCCGCGCAGCGCCGAGUCGCGCGCCAUAAAACUAAAAGAUCUGUUCUGGGCCUGCGACCCUAUCGGCUCGUUCCUGUUCAUGGGCAGCACGGCGCUGAUGCUGCUGGCUCUGAACUGGGCGGGCGGGGCAUAUAAGUGGAGCGACGCGCAUGUUGCGGCGCCGCUGAGUGUUGGGCUUGCGAUGUUGCUUUGCUUUGGGCUUUAUGAGUGGAAAUUCCGCGACGACGGGCUCAUCGCGCACAUCUUCUUCAAGCACAACGCCAACUUCGCGUAUGCCAUGUUCGCCUUCGCCGUCGAGGGCUGGGUCUUCUACAGCGCCGUUAACUCCGUCGUGCCCCAGAUCGUCCUACACCUCGGCUUCGCGCCCGACUCCUUUAGCAUCGCUGUGCGCCAGCUCAGCUUCCAGCUGCCGCUCAUGGCCACCUCCGUCUUCGUCACCUGGUACGCGACGCAUUUCAAGGACCUGCAGUCGCCGCUUCUGGUCACGUUUACGUGUUUCUUUGCCGUAUGCAUCUGCUACUCCCUCAUCCGCCCCUCCUGGGAGCGCGGCCAACUCGCCAUCAACGUCUUCGCCGGCAUCGGGCAAGGCGGUCCCUUAACCCUCCUCCCCGCCGCCAUCCAGUUCACCGCCCCGCACGCCUACCUCUCCACUGCCACCGGGCUCUCCUUCUCGGCCCGCGCCGUCGGCGGCGCCUUCGGGUCCGCCGCGCUAAACGCCAUCAUGAACGGGCGGCUUAGCAGCAACUACGCGUCUGGCGUCGGCGGUGCCGCUGUCAAUGCCGGUUUACCGAACGACAGCGUCCCGGCUUUGAUUGCAGCGCUCGAGGCGGGGAAGCUGUUCACGGCGAAUAUUCCGGGUGCGACGGUGGAUAUCUUGAAUGCGGCGAGUGCGGCAAGCAAGGAGGAGUAUGCGCAUGCUUAUAGAUUGGCUUGGGCGAGUAUUAUUCCUUUUGUGGUUCUCGCUUUGGUUGGCGUGGGGUUGCUGAAGAGCAUGAGGGCACUUAUGACGGAGAAGGUGGAGGCUACGGUGGAGAGGGUUCAGCCGGUAGAGGGGAAGAAGGGGGAGGAAGCUGCAUAG